UAUUAGGCAAGCCCUCACCCUGGCAGUCUUCAGGAAGAGGACAGUGGAGCAGAACAGACAACUCUGCAUCUGUAUGCAUGUCCACUAUUGCUUCGCUCCUAUUUUUAUCAGUUUUAUACUAAUUUAUGCAGUGCUUUUUAUACAAAAUAAUAAAUAAAUAACUCCAUUCCCAUUAAGUUAAGUAUGAAACCAUUUCCAUUUUGAGGCAUAAAAGUGCUUGGUAGAUGCCCUCUGUGCUGCGUCCCAAAAUAUUUUCACAGGUCCAGAGAGUGAGGUGAUCAGAUCCUCCGGCUAUUAGGAAAUGUGGGAGUUGAAGUCCAAAACACUUUGAGGAAGGGCCAAAGUUUGCCCAGGCCUGAUCUACACUGUGGAAUGAAUGCUGUUUGGCACCACUUAACUGCCGUGGCUCAAUGCUAGGGAAUUAAUGGGAGUUGCCAUGUUAAAAGGCCUUUGGCUUUCUCUUCUUAAGAGCGCUGGUCUCAAUGCGCUCCACAUCUCAGGUUUCUAUAGCAUUGAGUCAUGGCGGUUAAAGUAGUGUCAAAUGGCAUUCAUUCUAGCUAGACAGAUAGAUCUGUUGCAUGAGCUUGGAUGAGAAGGAGUUUGACCUAAUUGGUGGAAAGAUGUGAAAGAUAGAAGCUGUUAUUGUAUUAAAGAUCUGUAUGUCAUAAAUUGGCAACUGAUUCCCAUAAGUAGAAUAAUAGAAAAAGUGGGAAAUAAAAAUUGGAUAAAAGUAUUAGGCCCAUACAAUAAACUUAAAUGGGAAAUAUGGGGAAUGAGAUGCUAUGAGUUUUUCAGGCUGUAUGGCCAUGUUCCAGUAUCAUUCUCUCCUGACUUUUCACCUGCAUCUAUGGCAGGCAUCCUCAGGGGACAACCUCUGAGGGUGCAUGCCACAGAUGCACGUGAAACGUUAAGAGCGAAUGCUCCUGGAAGAUGGCCAUCCAGCCUGAAAAAUUCACAGCAGCCAAGUGAUUCUGGCCAUGAAAGUCUUCGACAACACAAUAUGGGGAAUGUUUGGACAAAGAAAGCGAGUUGGAAAGUCUAUUCACAAAAGAACAGAGAACAAUUAACAGGAAAAAAUCUGUAAAACAAUGAUAAAAGACAUAAGAACACUACAAACGAAAUAGCAGAAGGAAACUACAGAGGAAAUAAAGAAAAUUGAAUUGGAAAAAUAUAGAGUUAGAAAGAAAAUUUGUCUGGAAAUGGUACAGGACACCAGCCCAAUUAGUAAAUAUGGGAAUAGGACUAAACCCAAUAUGUUGGCAUUGUAAAGUCUAGAAAGGUUGUAACACCCGCAUGUGGUGGGAAUGCCUAAAUGCAACACCUUUUUGGGAUAAGAUAAUUUUUAAAAUGGAGAAAUUAUUCAAAAUAUCAAUCCAGGUAAACAUGGAAUUUGUGUUAAUGGCAAUAAUAGGGAACAAAAGCAUUGUUCAAAGAACCAAGAUUUAUUUAAAGCAAUGAUCCUAACAGGAAAGGUGGUAAUAGCCUGGGGAUGGAGAGAUUUAAAAAAUGGAAGUGGGAAAAUUGGAAUAACUACUUAUUUGAGCAAGUCUAGAUGAACAUUAUAGCAUCAUGCGGAUGACAAGCUCCUUGGAAAGACUGUCUUGGUUAAUAAAAACAGGGUAGUAUCAAGUGUAAGAGGAGAAGGAUCUGCUAAUCCAGUGCAACUUCCUGUCCUCUGACAGCACCCCUCACAUGCUUCCCCUCCUCAAUUUGCAUCUCCGGUCCUCUAGAGCAGUUUUGGGACAUUGCAGGAGACAUUCAUUCUACCACCUAUUUCCACUCCAGAAUUGUCACUGUUGAGCACCAUCCUUACUUUUUAAACCGAAUGCCUCUGGAGCUUGAAAAAAAGAGCUAUUUUAUUGGAAUGGGGAAAUACACAUACAAGGUUGCCGGCAUGAGCAGUGAGAUCCAUAUGGACCUGCAUGAGAAGAAAAAGAAAUUCAAAGUUCUUAGAAAAGAAGAAGAUGGAAAGUAAUGCUGUCCUUUUGGAAUCCAAAUCCUCACCACUAAACCUCCUGAAUGAAAUGCACCAGCUACGCCUCCUCGGACUCCUUUGCGAUGUGACUGUGAGUGUGGAAUAUCAUGGUGUCAGGGCAGAGUUCGUUGCUCACAAAGCUGUGUUGGCAGCGACAAGCAAGUUUUUUAAAGAGGUGUUUCUCAAUGAGAAAGGCAUGGAUGGAUCAAGGACAAUUGUAUUAUUGAAUGAAGUCCAAGUAGCUGACUUUGCAUCUUUUCUUGAAUUUGUUUAUACUGCCAGGGUUGAGGUAGAAGAAGAUCGGGUGCAGCGUAUGUUGGAUAUAGCUGAGAGGUUAAAAUGCUUGGAUUUGUCAGAAACCUGCUUUCAGCUAAAGAAGCAAAUGCUUGAAUCAGUGUUGUUGGAGUUACAAAAUUUUUCAGAGUCUCAGGAAGCUGAAGAGGACAGUAGUGGUCAGUCAAGCAGUCUACUUGAGCCCAAGGCAAUUGGUGACACACAGAAUGACAAUGUAAACUAUUUUUCAAAUUCUCCACUUGAAAGGCUCAGAGAUGGAGAGUGCCUUGAGGCCCCUACUGCUAAACUAAAGGAGAGGUUGGACAAGAAAAAAGAAGCCCUGAAGAUGCCCUGCACCAAAAUCAGGAGGGCUAGCGGAAGGCUGGCUGGAAGGAAAGUGUUUGUGGAAAUACCCAAGAAAAAGUAUACAAGGCGCCUGAGAGAGCAGCAGAAGUAUGCUGAGGCUGUUGCUGCAGAGAGCAGGCUCUCCAUGGAGCACCACAUUUAUGAAGAAGGUGGUGAAGAGGAGGUGGUGGAGGAGAAAGAGCAAGUAGCAAAUAGUGUGAAGCCUGAACUCAAAGAGUGUGAAGGCACCCAUGAACUGGAAGAAAAUGGGGAUAAACUGGAGGAGUACAAAAAGGACCAUGGUGGCAAUUUUACAUGCAGCACCUGUGAAAGAGAAUUCCUGUAUGAGAAGAGCUUUCUAAAACACAUAAAGCACAGCCAUGGAAUCACAGCUGAGAUUAUUUAUUGUUGUGAAACAUGCGGCCAGACUUUUGCCAACCGGUGCAACCUCAAAAGCCACCAACGACACGUCCACAGCAGCGAGCGCCACUUCCCAUGUGAGCUCUGUGGUAAGAAGUUCAAGAGGAAGAAGGACGUCAAGAGGCACAUUCUGCAGGUUCAUGAGGGUGGUGGGGAGCGUCAUCACUGCCUACAAUGUGGAAAGGGUUUGAGCUCCAAAACGGCCUUGAGGCUUCAUGAAAGGACACAUACAGGCGACAAGCCUUAUGGGUGCACAGAGUGUGAGGCUAAGUUUUCUCAGCCUUCGGCACUCAAGACACACAUGAGAAUCCACACUGGUGAAAGGCCUUUUGUUUGUAGUGAUUGUGGAGCAAGAUUCACACAGAAUCACAUGCUUAUAUAUCAUAAAAGAUGCCACACAGGGGAACGGCCUUUCAUGUGUGAAACUUGUGGGAAGAGCUUUGCCUCUAAGGAGUAUUUGAAACACCAUAACAGAAUCCACACGGGAUCCAAGCCGUUUAAAUGUGAAGUUUGCUUCCGAACAUUUGCACAGAGAAAUUCGUUGUAUCAGCACAUUAAAGUUCAUACAGGUGAACGCCCUUACUGUUGUGAUCAGUGUGGCAAACAGUUCACCCAACUCAAUGCCCUACAACGCCAUCAUCGGAUUCACACGGGAGAGAAGCCAUUUAUGUGCAACGCCUGUGGCCGGACAUUUACAGACAAGUCUACUCUUCGGCGACACACCUCAAUUCACGACAAAAACACACCAUGGAAGUCUUUUCUUGUAGUUGUCGAAGGAGCCUCAAAAAACGACGAGGAUCCCAAGACUGAGCUUCCUGAUGAAGAGUAUGAUGUGACUCACCCCAAGAUAUCGGAGAAGCUGCUGUCAUUCCCUGAAAAUGGACACUAUCAGAAUCUGGAUGUUGUCCAAGAAAGCCUGACUGAGCUGCAUGCAAAUGGGCCUCCUGCUGUCACCACCUACAAGGUGUCAAGCACAGCAGGAUCCCAAGAAGGCCUCGCUGCUGCAGCUUUGCAUGAUCUUACUGUGUUGCACACCCAGGCAGACUCAAUCCAGCCAUCUCUUCAAACCUUGGUGAAUAUGGAAUAGCAACAUCACCCCAAGAGGAAAAAAACCCAGCCCUGAGUGAUCUGUUUAAUGCUGUAUAUUCUGGCCCCACUGAUGGACUGCAAAAGAACAACAAGACUUACUUUGGCUGCUUGUAAUUGUCCUGUAUUCUUGCCAAACCUGUACUUCUGGAGUUGUAUCUCGAUUGAAGAAUUCAGCCAUCCUGUACUAAAGAUAGAUCGCUCAUUUUCAUUUUCUUACAUGUGUCACUUUGAAGCUGGUUUCUGAUGACAUGGUCAGUGGAAGGAAAAUGAAGUUCUGUUUUAAUUCAUACAUGUUUCCAUUCCCUUGUUACAACAUAUCAAUUUGGCAAGUUUUCCAGCAGCCCCUUGUUGAAGAGGAUAAUUCUGCUCUUGUCACAUAAUCAUGUAUUGAUUAGAUGCUGUAUGCCAAUAUCUCUACAUUAUUAAUGCUGCAAUCUUUAAGAUAGUAAGGAAAUUUUGGCUCUCCAGAUAUUUUGGGCUGUGUCUCACAGAGGUCCUAAAGAUUUGUAUGGCUGUAGUCUUAUACACCUGAAAGAUUAAUGGGUCCACCUCUGCUCUAAGCCAAAUGCUUAGUGAAAUAUUUAAAAAUUAAAAUGUGGAAAAAUAACAUCUUUUAAAUCAAUAAUGGCAUGUCUGGUACUGCUCUCUAAAUAAUGAAACUAUUUGGGAAUGUUUAGAAAACAAACAGUCAAAUCUGUUAUUAGACAGUUAGGAAAGCAUCUAGAGCAGGUUGUGUUUGUGGGGCGGGGGAUAUAAGAUUCUGAAAGAGGAGAGAAAGGGAAAAGUUUCCAUUUGCCAUUGUAAAUCUCAUGUGGCACUGGGUAUCUUCCCAAGUUUGUGAGUGAUGGAGCUAUAUCCCAUUCAUGUCAUGUGUCAGACUGACUGUGACAAGCAAUUUGAAGGAGAGUUCAGAGAAAUUUCAGUGAAUUUUGUUCAUAAUUUAUGCAAGAAUUUCCUCUGCGGCCGAGCCUCCCCUUUCCCACCAAGUACUUGGCACUCUGCAAACACCUUCUGCUUUUUAUUUCUUCCUCCCUUUUCCUUCUUGUUCUGCCCCCAAUAUUCACUGUCUUUUAUCAGGCAUUUAUCUCUAUUACAAAUUCCCUGUAGGCAUGUCCCUCUACUUCCCUUCUACUUCCUUUGUUACAAGUAUGUCCUCAUUUCCAUAUACAGUCCUUGCACAGGAAGGUUAUGCACAUAGAACUGGGUUUCUAAAGUGUCCUUCAUUCCCCAAAAAGGCCUCAACAUUUUCCUAAAUUCUUUAGGCACCAACACCCUAUUUAUGGGCAUUGUGUACUUGCCUUGAGAUAUGCAUUUUAUCACUUUUAUUCAUUUCCCUGGCAUAAUCCUUCAAAAACAGAUAGCUACCAAAUAUUUAAUAUGGUUUUCUCAAUCAGAGACAGCAUAUCUUGCUGUUCACAAUUAUUUUUUUUCUUCCCAUCCAGCCAUCCAUUCUACCUUCCAGUAGUUUCUCCAUUAAAAUUUGCCUUAGCGUGAUAAAAAAUCUAGCUUCAGCAACAGCCUGAAGGUUUCCAGUGAAUAUUCUUGUUAUUGGUUAUGUAUUAAUGUUUAAACCAAAGGCUAUAUUAUUCAUUGUAGAAUUCUAGUUACAACUACAACUGAUAUUCUAAUGAUGGCUAGCAGCCUUUUGAAAACUAGAGUGACUUAGACCUCCAACUUAGAUUUCUAAAGUUGUAUAGAAUGCGUGUAUGAAACACUAUUUCAUUGUAACUGCUAGAAUGUGAAAGAAAUGUCUUUUAAAGCAGGCUGUUUUCCAUCAAAUGAAGGCUGGUUUUGUUUUUGCUACAGAUGCAUUGAUAUUGUGCCUUUUUAUUUUUAAAUUCAGGAAAAAAAAGUGCCAUAACCAAAAUCUAUCCCAGUCUUGACAUUCCAGUGAUUCCUCACAAGACUUGAACUUGCUAAUCCUAAUGUUGAGAAUAACCCUAAUUUAUGAUUUUAUUGUCCACACCCACAAAGAUAUUGGCACUACUCAAAAAGAAGUAUUGCUUGUAAAAGCUGGAUGAGAUCUGAUUUGUAUUAUUUUUUUAUUCAACAGCAAACACAUCUUCUAAAAUACAGUGUGUUUAGCUUAGUCAGUGUUACUACAGAGAAACUUUUAAGAGUCAUACUCAAGCAUACUGUUUGAAAUAACUUAUUUCUGCCUUCUUGCCACAUUAAGGAGCUAGGCUAUGUUGCUUUCCCUGUAGUUCCGUUCUUUUGUUUGAGCUACAUCCAGUGGUACCCAUCCAACAGUUUCCUCUGCAGCCUCCAAAACUCACCUCAUGUCUGCACCAGAGAGUUGGAAGAUCUUCUGAACAGAUAUGAGGGACCAGCCUUGGUAUUCAAACCACUUUUCCUUUUAUGCUCUCACACUUACUGAGUAUUAGAGAGUCUAUUAAGGCAUCACAGGUAUCUUCUCCACUCUGACCUGACCUCUAUGAUUGGUUCUUCCACAGCAUGUGAAAGUUGUCAUGAGGAGUGGGGAAGAAAUAAUGACAAAUAGGACUGAUAUUUUGAGGGAAAGUUGUUCUUUGAGCCAUGGGUGUUUCAGCACAAUGGUUGUGCCAUCACUUACCCUUUAGAAUUGCAUAACUCCGCACAGCAGGCCUGUGACAUUUGCUGUAGGUUUUGGAAACAGUAUUAGCCAAGCUAAAGUGAUUCUUACUUGGGUUAAGGACUGUGUGGCCUCCUAGCUGUGAUGGGCUGAUGAGGGUUGUAGUCCAGCAAUCUCUGGAGUGUCAGGUGGUCCAGUCCUCCCUCACAAACAUACAUAGUGUAAAAAUGAUUGUAGGGGUGAAGCAGGGGUCUAGGCCAACUGGAGAAAAAUCACAAUUCUUCCUUCAGAACCUGUGCUGAUAUUUUAUUCGCUGAAAAGCAGAGCAAUAAAAGAUCAGUCCAACCAUGUUACUUCUUUAUAUAAACACAUUAGUAAGAGCUUGUCAUCUUCUAUUCUUUGUUUGUCUAGUCUGCUAAAAGGGAUCUUUUUAGAGAGAAUAUCAAGAGGUUAUAUUUGCAUAUUUAUUUUGUAAGCCCCGUACUCCUUUUUGACUAUUGAACUUUAAUGAUCAAUUGCAGAAAAUUUGUAGUAAAUAUAUAAAUCCCUAUGUUAGUACUUCUAUGUAGAGAUUUUUUAUUUUAUAUUGUAUCAACAUGUGAAAUUGGAUUAACUUGUAUGAAUUGAGAAGACCCAUUAAAAGAAAAUGAAAUAGUA